CCUUAUUUUAUUUUAUACAUGUUUAUGGUUUUUAUGCCAUUGUUGUGAAAGAUGUCAGUGGAAUAAUGGGUUUGUUUAUUUAUUUUGAUUUGGCUUGAGGGUCUGUUUGGGUCAGAGAAGUGUUGGUUUGGGGGGUAUAGAAUAGCUCCUUAGGAUAAGAAACAUUAGUAUGAGUUUUUGAAUGUGGUUUGGAGUCCUGUUAAUUCAAGUACUUUUGGCAUGACCAUAGAAAUUUUUCAAUUUUGGAGCUUGUUUUAGUUGCUGAAAAGUGCAAGAGAUUAGCGUAUGCGUGAGUGGACACCAUGAGUAAAAGUCGAUACAGCAUAUAAUGUGAGUGUGUGUGUGUGUGAUAACAGUAGUGGAGAGCUUGUUUCGGAAAAGAUUGUGGCACCGGGCAUUUUGUUAAGGAUUGGAACUUAAAGUAAAGCUUGUGUUAGUUGCAGAAAAAGUGUAAGAGUUGUGUGUAUGCGCAGCGUGAGUGGACACCAUGAAUGAAACAGAAUGCAGCCCACAAUGUGUGUGCAAGUGGGUACACCUGUGUGUGUCAUCACACUACAGUAGUGGAGAGUUUGUUUCAGAAAAGACUGGUACCAGGCAUUUUGUUAAGGAUUGGCACUUAAAGCAAAGCUUGUGUUAGUUGCUGAUACGUGUAAGAGUUGUGUGUAUGUGCAAGUGAACUCCAUGAACAAAACACAAUGCAGCCCAUAAUGUGUGUCAAUCAUGUGGGUGUGGAAAUAGUUGCCGAUUGUGGUACCAGAGAAUUCACAGAUCAGAAAAGAGUGGAGAUGUCUGUUUCAGAGUUUGUUGACCACUGGCUGGAGAAUUCUGUGCAGGAGCAUUGUAGUGCUUCAACAGAUCACAGUAAUGGCCAUCCUGUGCUAUAUUUGAAGGAUUGGCAUUUUGUGAAGGAGUACCCAGAAUAUUUAGCAUACACAACUCCACUGUUUUUCUGUGAUGAUUGGCUCAACCUGUAUCUCGACAAUUAUCAUAUGCAUAAGGAUCCAGACACUUUUCAAGAGAAUAAUGAAAUAAGUUGCUCUGACUAUCGUUUUGUUUACAUGGGAGCAAAAGGAUCUUGGACUCCUCUUCAUGCUGAUGUUUUCAGGUCAUAUAGUUGGUCAGCAAAUGUGUGUGGGAAGAAACAAUGGCUCUUUCUGUCUCCUUCUCAACAUAAUCUUGUGUUUGACAGGAACAUGAAAAGCUCUGUGUAUAAUAUCUUUGAUGAUGUGAGUGAAAAAGUAUUUCCUGGUUUUACCGAGGCAAUCUGGUUGGACUGCACUCAAGAACAAAAUGAAAUUAUCUUUGUACCUAGUGGAUGGUAUCAUCAAGUUCAUAAUCUGGAAGAUACAAUAUCAAUAAACCACAACUGGUUCAAUGGCUAUAACCUUUCUUGGGUGUGGAAUUUACUUUUGAGAGACUACAAUGAGGCUAAGGAAUACAUAGAAGACAUCAGGGAUAUAUGUGAUGAUUUUGAAGGUCUCUGCCAGCGCAAUCUUGCGGCUAACACAGGCAUGAACUUCUAUGAUUUCUUUAUUUUCAUAACAUACUUCUGCUUGGCAAACUUGGUCCAACUUUGCCAUUUACUAAGAGACUGCAAAAACCCCACUUGGAGUUCAUCCACAGUAGCUCGGCAUUUAGCUUUGAACCUUCGAUCUCUCCGGAACAUUGCAGUCAAGAUCAACUCUAUUGGUGGUGUGGCAGGAAGUCAUGGCUUCUUGGAUAUAAGGGAAACUUUAGAUGAUCCCAUAUUUCUUAAUCUGUGUGUGGGCUUGGAAAGAACAUUUGGGAUGAUACACAAGAAACAGAGUUUCUGUUUUGAUACAAAGAAAGACUUGGUAGAUGAUUUAACAAGCUUGGAUAUUAUAAGAACUUAUGGUUCCCAAAUAUGUACUGCCAAAGAUCUGGUUAGAUUUAUUGACAAUGCUAUUGCAAUAGUCAGUGGCAUUAACAGUGAAAUUGUUUUGCCUUCUGAAUUAGAUGGUGCUUAGAUGUUCAAUAAGAAUUGAUUUUGGCUGCGCUGUUUCCACUUUCCCUGCUUUACUGUUCUAAGAAAUUUAUGAGUGGCUAUUUUUGUGUACGGCUCUCUCUCUUCAUAUGAUUAUAGUCUGCAGGAAGUGAUUAUUUGGAUUGUGAAGAUUGUGAAUCAUUCUUAUAGGAGGAUCUUAUAGCAAGAAUGCUGACUGUGAAGCUCUGGGAAUGGUGUGUGUUCAUUGGCUGCUUUCUAAUUCAUGUUGUGACCAUGGUACAUAAGAAACUAAUUAAGUCAAAUACUGUUGCUGUAAUUACUAGCACUGUUCUAGAUUAA